UCACCGGCUUGGUUGGCUGCAAGGUGUGAUGUUUUUUGUGAAUAAUAUGUAUUUAUUCGUUUAAUUAGCAUCACUAGAUUUAACCCACUGAUAGUAAAACCAAGUGGAGAAAAUGGGUGACAAAAUAAUAGCUGCGAUAAAGAAUAUCGAGCUGGAAACCAAAAACUCAGAUCUGACAAAAACAUGUCAGCAUGUUGUAGAUUCUUUAAAAAACAAUUCUAUCAAAAUUGAUGUUCUCAUCACGAAGUUAUCUCAAUUUAUCCUCAAUUUUGAAGAUGCAUUGCUGUUCAAAAAGUAUUUAUCAAAUAUACUGCUGGCAUUAGUAUCCACACAAAUUCCUUUGAAGCCUGUGUUUUCUAGUGAAAACUUUGAUCAGUGCACAGAUUUGGAAAAGACGCAUCAUUUAGAGUACUCUAUAAUCUUGGCACUUACAUCUGAUCAUCCUGACAUUCUUCAAUAUGCCCUAAAAUAUUUUCAAAUCAAUUCAAUACCUCCAUUUGAGGUAUUCAUACACCAUGAAGAUUCCUACAAUGUCGCACCAAAGAAAAGAAGGCUCUUAGACUGUCGACAGAAGAUUACGGAUUACCAAAUGGUGUUAUGCUGUUAUACAUUGUUGAGCAAGCUACCGAAUGAACUAUCUACGAAAUGGGAUUGGACUAAUUUUGUUAACAAUUUUAGUAAUCAUGAAAAUUCCCAAAUAAGAUGGAUGGUAAAAGAAUGUAUGGCCAUACUAACAAACAUGACUGAAUCCCAAUCAAGAAUUCUAGCCAGAAAUCUUUGUAUAACACAAGAAGAUGCUCUCAAGAACAUUCCACAAACUAAUGAAGUACAUAUAAUUGAUGGCAAUAUAGAUGAGCUAGAUUUAAAUAUAAGUAGUGUUAUAAACAUGGAUGGGAUUCUGCUGCCUGUAUAUGAUAAAAAUAAUGUGCAGCCUGGCACUCUGGUACCUGUUAAGUCUACUAUUAAUAGUUUGAGAAGCUUAGCCUUGGCUGUGGCAUCAGGCAAAGCAUUAUCACUAAUGGGUCCAGUAGGCUCUGGUAAGACCUGUCUAGUUGAACACCUGGCAGCUAUAACUGGACGUAAAGGUGUAGCAUUCAAGAAGGUGCAGCUCGGUGAUCAGACUGACUCAAGAAUGCUAUUAGGUUCACACCAGUGCACAGAUAUACCAGGAGAGUUUGUUUGGGCACCUGGUGUUCUGACAGAGGCAGUCCAAAAUGGUCACUGGCUGUUGCUAGAAGAUAUUGACUGUGCAGCCUUAGAUGUAGCGUCCACGUUGAGUUCACUAUUGGAAAGAAAUACAUUAUGUGUGCCUGGAUACAGAGAUGCAUUGCCUGUUACACCAGGGUUUCAAUUGUUUGUCACUCAAAGGACAGUAAUUACUAAUUACGGGUUUCAAAAGAAAAUGUCAAAUUCAAGCACAUUACUGCAAAAGCAUUUGACACAAAUCAACGUAGAGCCACUGUCAAGAUCAGAGUUAGCUGAAAUUAUCCACGCUAAAUAUCCAACCCUAGCGACAAUAUGUUCAAAAAUGAUUGAAGUGUUCAUGAUGUUUUCUGUAGGAAGUCAUGACACUUCUCUACAAACAACCGAUGUAGAUGAAAAAGAUACAAAUGUGACUUUUAUGAGAGGUUCAAGGCUUAUCUCGACAAGGGAUUUAAUGAAAUGGUGUGCUAGAGCUGUAGUGGGAUUUAACGUUUCAAGUCCCGAAUCGGCUCUUAAAGUACUACAAGACGCUUUGGACAUAUUCACUUGUUCUAUUUCCUCGCCAGAAUACAGGCUGGAGUUGGCAAAAAAAGUCGGCACGUGUCUAGGCAUUGUCGAAACAAAAUCUGAAUUUUAUUGCAAGCAUUACAAACCAAGUGUGUCGUUACAUUCAAACGCGUUAGAAGUAGGCAGAGCCAAAGUCCCGAGAGUAGAAAAAAGUUUAGAUAGGAUAGAUUUUGAUAACAAAGAAGUUGUUUUCUCUUUUACGCGUCAGUCGUCAUGCUUGCUUGAAAAGAUCGCGUGCUGUGUCAGGUCAAAUGAACCCGUCCUCCUUGUAGGAGAAACAGGAACGGGAAAAACUUCCUCUAUACAGUAUUUGGCUAAACAAACUGGCCAUAAACUUGUGGUUAUAAAUAUGAACCAACAAUCAGAUUCUGCCGACUUGCUCGGCGGCUACAAACCGGUAGAUCUCAAGUAUGUAAUACGACCAAUAAAAACUGAGUAUGUAGAAAUGUUCAAAGGAUUCUUCAACACAGAGAAGAACAAGAAGUUUAUAGGCCAUAUCGAAACUUGCUAUGAAACAGAAAAUUGGACUGCAUUGCUGGCAUUAAUGAAACAAAGCCACAAAGCAGCUGUUAAUAGAUUAAUAAACGAGAAGAAAGAUGAUACGUUAAAAGUCUGGCUAGGAUUUGGUCAUAAAUUAUUGAAAUUAGAACAGCAAGUAAAAUCAGCAUCGAGAUUGACGUUUGCAUUUAUAGAAGGAUCGCUCGUCAAAGCUAUGCAGCAAGGCCAUUGGGUGUUACUAGACGAAAUCAAUUUGGCUUCAGCAGAAAUUUUAGAAUGUCUUGCUGGACUACUGGAAGACAAAAAUGAAAGUAUAGAUUUAAUAGAAAAAGGUGAUAAAGUCCCUAUAAAGAGACAUCCAGAUUUUACAUUAUUCGCUUGCAUGAAUCCAGCAACAGAUGUUGGUAAAAAAGAUCUGCCUGUGGGCUUGAGAAAUAGAUUCACGGAAUUCUUCAUAGAUGAGCUGACAGAGAGGAAUGAUUUGAUGUUGCUUAUAGGUGACUAUUUGUAUCACAUGAAUCUAAGUGGUGCUAUAUUGGAGGCUAUUUAUCACUUUUAUGCCACAAUAAGGAAAGAAGCGAAAUUAAAUUUAGUGGAUGGUUCAGGUAAUGCACCACAUUAUUCACUGAGAACGCUAUGUAGGGCCCUUACAGCCGCAGCUAAAGCAAAAUGUGGCACAGUCGCUAGGUCGCUUUAUGAAGCUUUCUGUCUUUCCUUCCUAACUCAACUCGACAGAUCUUCCCAUCCGAAAGUAGAAGCCAUGAUUGCCAAAGCGGUAUUAGGGAAAAAGAAUAUAAAUUCGGUCUUAAAACAAUUGAUCCCUGAGCCUAAAAUUCAAGGUCAAAACUUUUUGCUUUUCGAAGGGCAUUGGAUACCACAAGGAACUUUAGAAAUUGAUAUCCCUGAUGGAUAUAUUUUGACACCAACAGUUAGAAAAAAUCUUCGAGACAUUGCGCGUAUUAUUUCGUUAGGCAGAUUACCUGUACUACUUCAAGGUGACACUUCCGUAGGAAAAACCUCCCUCAUAACCUAUAUUGCCAAAGCUUCAGGAAACUACUGCGUACGAAUAAAUAAUCACGAACACACAGAUCUACAAGAGUAUAUUGGCUCGUAUGCAACAGACUCUAAAGGCAACCUUGUCUUUAAAGAAGGCGUUUUGGUAGAAGCUAUGAGAAAAGGAUAUUGGAUUAUUCUCGACGAACUUAACUUAGCGCCAAGUGAUGUUCUUGAAGCUCUAAAUCGAGUUUUAGACGACAAUCGUGAACUGUUCAUUCCUGAAACUCAACAAGUGGUUAAAGCUGAUCCCAACUUCAUGUUGUUUGCAACACAAAAUCCACCUGGUUUGUAUGGUGGUCGAAAAAUGUUAUCGAGAGCGUUUAGGAAUCGUUUUGUUGAAUUGCACUUUGAUGAAAUACCUAGACAUGAAUUGGAAACAAUUUUGCACCAAAGAUGUCAUAUUCCCCCUACCUAUUGUAAAAAGAUGAUUGAAGUGAUGGCAGAAUUACAAGUCAGACGACGCGGGUCGGCUGCUGUUCAAGGCAAGGAUGGAUUUAUUACUUUAAGAGAUUUGUUCAGAUGGGGCCAGAGGUAUAAACAUGCUUCCAAAGAAAUGUUAACUACCGAAAAAUUUUAUGAUUGGGAUCAACACAUUGCAGAUGAAGGCUAUCUUAUACUGGCUGGUAAAGUUCGUCAAACCGAUGAAAGAAAUAUCAUCGAAGAUGUAAUAGAGAAACAUAUUAAGAGAAAAGUUAACCCCGACAAUCUCUUUAGUUUACAUUCAAACACCUCACCUGUUACUAAACCCAUUUUGGAGAUGAUUCUAAAUAAUCAACUUUCUGAAUUUACACAUAUCAUUUGGACUUAUAACAUGAGGCGGUUAGCUAUACUAAUCGCAAAAGCUUUUACGUUUAACGAGCCUGUCUUAUUGGUGGGAGAAACAGGUUGCGGUAAAACGACAAUAUGUCAAAUCUUGGCAGCAUUGAGUGGCAGGCAACUAUUGUCUGUAAACUGUCAUAUGCACACAGAGAGUUCUGACUUUCUAGGAGGACUUCGUCCCGUUCGACAGUAUAAAAACGACGGAAAGUUAUUUGAAUGGGUGGAUGGACCUUUAAUAAAAUCAAUGGAGAAUGGUCAUUUAUUCUUAGCCGACGAAAUUUCUCUGGCAGAUGAUAGCGUUUUAGAGAGGUUGAACUCUUUACUUGAACCGGAACGACAGCUUGUGCUGUCGGAGCGAGGCAUGGAAGAUAAUUCGGACAUUGUAGUCAUUGCAGCUGUUCAAAAUUUCCAUUUUAUUGGAACUAUGAAUCCCGGAGGCGAUUUCGGAAAAAAAGAACUUUCACCAGCUCUCCGUAACCGAUUUACAGAAAUAUGGUGCGAUCAUGUCAGCCCAAGAGAGGAUCUACUAAAAGUGCUUGAAAAAAGUGUGAAUAAAGGAAUCGCAUUAGGCAACCAAGAGGACGGUAAUUCCGGGAUUGGCAACUGUAUUCUGGAUUUUACUGAUUGGUUGAAAAAUUCUGAAGUCACUAACAAAUUCCCAUUCAGUAUACGUGACUUGCUUUCAUGGGUCCAAUUCAUUAAUGUAACAGUUUCGAAUGGUUUACUUGAUGUUCCUGAGGCAUAUGUACACGGCGCUUGCAUGACUUUUCUAGACUGCUUUGGCACUACUCUCACAGGCCAUAUAGAUACUGGAACGCUAAGCCUGUUACGUCAAAAUGCUAUUAAAUUGUUGCUGAAUCAAAUCAGAACUUAUGGAAGCGAGUAUACAGAGAGUCUUGAAGAAAUGCUGUGUAAUAAACAGCUGAUGCUCAAAGCAGAAUCGGAUGUCUCAAAGUUCGGAAUUAAGCCGUUUUUUAUCGAAUGUGGACCUCACGGUACUUCGGAGGAGAAACAAACAUUUACUUUCACUGCACCAACCACCGGAUCUAAUACUCUCCGAUUGCUACGAGGCCUACAGCUAAAUAAGGCUAUUCUUUUAGAAGGGAAUCCUGGUGUUGGAAAGACAAGCUUAGUUACUGCUUUAGCCAAAUCAUCAGGGCACAGAGUUGUUCGUAUUAAUCUCAGUGAUCAGACGGAUAUUACAGAUCUAUUUGGAACUGACUUACCUACGGAAGAUGGGUCAUUUACAUUUAAAGAAGGAGCGUUUCUAAAUGCUCUUCAAAAUGGAGAUUGGAUUUUACUAGAUGAGCUUAAUUUAGCUCCUCAACCCGUACUCGAAGGUCUCAAUGCUUGUUUAGAUCACAGGGGUGAAAUCUUUAUUCCAGAACUAGGCAGAACAUUUAAAGUUAAACAUCAAACAAAACUUUUCGCUUGCCAAAACCCUCUGAAACAAGGCGGCGCCCGACGGGGUUUACCGGUAUCAUUUCUAAACAGAUUUACGCAAGUGUAUAUUGACACAUUGACUAAAGAAGAUCUCUUAUACAUUGUAAAAGCACAAUAUUCACAGUUACCUCUAGACAUAUUACACAGAAUUGUAGAAUUCAACUGCAAAGUGGCUCAUGAAGUUACAGAAAUUCAGUCGUGGGGCCACAAGGGCAGCCCUUGGGAAAUGAAUUUGAGGGAUAUUCAGAGGUGGUGUGAAGCACUUAUAGACGAUAGUAAAUGUGGAAGAAAUAUAUGUCCUGGAAAAUAUAUAGAUAUGUUGUACAUUAAUCGCAUGAGAACUGAAGAAGACAAGGAACACAUGGCGGAAAUAUAUGACGAUAUAUUUUUGCCAGAAUAUCCUAGAAGCGAUAGCAACCCUCAAAUCGCAAUUGACGACGAAAACAUUACUAUAGGUGAUGUGAAAUUAGAGAGAAGUAAAGAGUUGAUGUUUAAAAGGAGGCGUACAGUAGAAACAAAUUUGCUGGUUCUGAGAAAUCAAUUGCCUAUUCUAAAGGCUUUAGCUCAGAAUGUAAAAAUGAACUGGUUAUCUAUACUUGUUGGCCCAACAGCUACGGGCAAAAGCAGCAUUAUUCAAGUAUUAGCGGAUUUGACAGGAAAUGACCUCCAUGUUGUGCCAGUAACAUCGGCCAUGGAUGUUUCCGAUCUUUUAGGGGGAUUUGAGCAAGUUGAUUAUAACAGAAACCUCGAAGGCCUGUAUGAUGAAAUAGAAACGAUAACAAUUCAAAUUGUAAGAAAUGUGUGGGUUAUACAGGAAUCGAAAAAGUGGAGAUGUAAUAAAUUGUUGAGUAACCUCUAUCAAUACAAAUCUUUGCAAAGAAACUUUUUGGAUAAAAACUCUAGAAAUGAGGAUAUUAAAAAAUUUGAAGAAAGGUUACAGUUUCUUCUAGAACAUUGCGAAAAGUUGUUAGAUUGCGCAAUAUCAUGCAACCUCUCAACCAGAAACGUUGAGCAAGCUCAAAGUAACAUAAUAAAAUUGAAGAAUAAAGUUUCAGCGUUAACCUCAGUGAACGCUGGUGGUAAAUUUGAAUGGGUAGACUCAUUGCCCGUAAAAACGUUAGUGGAAGGGUCAUGGCUAUUGCUGGACAACGUAAACUUAACAUCAGCAGCUGUUCUUGACAGAUUAAACGGACUAUUGGAACCAAAUGGCGUGCUGAAUAUAUCAGAAAGAGGUGGAAAAACUGAAAUCAAACCACACUCUAACUUCAGAGUUUUUUUUACAAUGGAUUCUAAGUAUGGUGAAAUAUCUCGUGCAAUGAGAAACAGAGGAGUCGAAAUUUAUUUAUUGAGAUCCGAAGACUUUGAUUUGGGUUUAUCGGAAACAAUGAAUUACAUGGAUUUAGUAGCCUUGCUUUCCUCUUGUGGGCUACCUAAUGAAUACCACGAUAUUUGCAUAAGAUGCCACGAAUCAUUGACUGCGUUUGUACAAGGAUUAGAAAGGCCAACUGUAUCACACUUGUUACAAGCCGCUCAUCUAACUUGGCAACAACUAAUCAGAGGAAUCUCGAGUACAACAGCGUUACUGAGUAGUUUUUCAGACGUUUAUAUAAAGCCAAGAAGUGGAAGUGACUUCACUUCGUCUGUUAGCAUGUCUCUAGCUGAAAUGAAAAAUACCAUGUUGAAAGCUUUAGAAUUAGAGCUAGGAACAGAAGAAUACGAACCUGUCGUUUCUAAUGACGUUAGUCAUACAUUAUCUGUUAAAGGAUUGUGUACUAAUUCGUCACAUGAAAUCGCUAAACAAAUAACGCAUCUAAUCUUAAAACAGACAACAGAUUCUGACAUGUCUUCGGAAAGUGCUACUCACGCUUUAUUUUCUGUUCUAACUUCUUAUCAAAAAUGUCCUCCAGAGCUAUUGAACAUGUUUCAUUGCAUAAUUAAAGCAGGUGUGAAACUAAACAAUACAAAUAAAAUCAAAGCAUUUACGCAUCAGUUAAAUGAUAAGGCGUUUGAACAUUUAAAAAGCAACGAAAAAAUAAAUGGAUACAAAAGGUUCUUCACUGAAGCCUAUCAAUUGAAUACUGAGAAGGUGUCUAGUAUUAAUACGGAGUUUGCUCUUUUAUACAUUGAGUUGCAGAACAUUCUGUUCCAAUUAUGCAUAGGGGAAAAUAAUUUUUCUGCAAUGCACUACGCAAAGGCAGUAUGUGAAGGAAAACUUAUAGAUGAGUUUAUAGAAUAUCCCAUUUUAAGAAAUUGUAGAAUCUACCUUGAAAUUAUUGACCGCUAUAUCAAGCAAACGUUAAAAUCGGCCGAAACAUGCUUGAAUGACGAUUUAUUAUGUCUCGUUAUACAGCUACUAAAUUGGCGCGGAAGAUUUAUAAAAGUUUGUGAUUUGCCAAUAUUUGAAAAGUCAAAAAAUAAAAGGGCUCCAAUUUUAAAAGAAGAAAUCAUUCCUUUAUUGAAUGUGCACAGAAAAUGGGUCCAAAAAUAUUUACUCGGUGAAUUGUUCAAACUACCAUCGAAUCAGGACGAGUUGAAAACAUUCGCCAAAGAAAUAAAAUCUUUGAUGUUAAAUACUGAGAAAGAUAAUUCAAAAAUUGCCAAAGUUGGCAAAAAACUUCGCAAAUGUUACGGACAGCCGAAAUUGUAUCAAAAUCAAAAUGAACACGACUUGUCUACAGCGAGAACCGAAUUAUACAACAAAAUAAAUUUAGAAAUGAAUGAAAGCAUAGAUCGACAACUUUAUAAAGUUUCUAUAGAACCCAGUUAUUUAUCAGACAUCACACUAGCUUUAGAUGUACCAGAUAAAGAAAUCAUUAAAGAUAUUGAGGAUACUCUGGAAAAACUUAUAAAAAAUACAUCAGAUACUGCUAAAUUGAGAACACAGUUGAAAUUGCUUCCCAUAAACUUAUAUGUGAUACAAAGGAUAAUAAAUAUUUUGCAGCCAUAUCUUCUUGAAGUUAUGAAUAAAAUAUCAGAUAGCGAAUUCAGUUUGGAAAUAGAUCCAAAAAGUACUAACUGUGUUGACAUUUUGACAAGUUUGAUUCAAACUGCUAACAUUAUGAAGGGGUUCCCUGCAGCACUUCUGGAUGAGUUAAAGAUGAUCCAAAAAUGUCUAGAAAGCAAUCCCGAUGUCCCCUCACAAAGGCUUUCAUCUCUACCAGUUAUGUUCUGGACAAAUCUCUAUAACAUGCUUACUAGUUCUCCAGUUACAUAUCCAAUGCCGUUUCUGAGUCAAAAUUCCCUACAAAACUCUGAGCAAGUUAUAGAAACGAUUCCAGCCAAUAGCAAGAGAAUGUCAACUAAUAUGCCGCUAAUGUCUUAUUACCUUCAGAAUUUGACUACAUUUUCGGAUCAAUCAAGUGCUCAUCCAGUUUUGUCUUACGAAAAAUUACCUAUAAAAGAUCGUGUGGAAUAUUCUAUGCAGUUAGAGGCGAUAUUGAAUACUUUAUGGAAAAACAUUGGUACUUUGGACUCAACGGCCGCGUUGAAACUGAAAUCAGAUGCUAAUUUCCAGCAGCAAAAAUAUAUUCAGCUUUUAAACUAUUUACAUUACACUAUCUCGGACGAAGGUAGCGUUAGUAAAAAUUCAACGAAAUCUUAUGAAGGGAUAACACAAACUUUGCAAGUACACUUUAAAGACGAUAAACAUUUCAUUGAUCUGUUUAGCAAAGCAAGCGACGUACAUGAUAAACUAGCAAAUGCUGUUUUGCAAAAUUUAAUUGAUACUCCCUCAAAAACAAAAGUAAAAAUUUUGACUUCAGAGCUGUCCCUAUUGACGAGUUUUAUACUCCUUCGAGUAAUGGCAGAAUUAAGUCCGAUUGACCAUGUGGAAAAAUACCGACUCAAAGUACAAUAUAUAGAAGAAGAUAUCAAUAUGUUCAAUAAGUUGUUGAGCGCAUAUUACGUACACGGCGUUAUAUCUGGCACUAUAAGCGAAAACAGAAACAUUGAAAAGCCAUCUCAAGUGGCUACAGAUUUUUACAAAGAGGGAACCGAAAAUCGGGAGAAGUUAAAAAAGGUGCAUCCGUACUGCAAAGUUAUUAUGGAAUUAAAAGAGAAGACAGCACAGAAAGUCCAUAAAUACGCAUCUGGUAAUACUUUUAGACCCAUAGAACCAUCCUAUGGGAACUUUGUCAAGGACUGCAUGCAUUUCACAAAAUCUGUUCUAUCUGAGAGAACAAUAACAACCAUUUCUUCAAACCUUAUUUCAACUGCAAAUAAAUUGUAUGAAAUCAUAGAAACAAAUACUCGUGACAAAACAGUACUAGAACAAGCACAGACUGUGAUAAAGGAGACUUCUUCGUGGAUGUAUUCAGUAAAAGCAUUUACCAAAAAAGUGGAGAGUGCUUAUUCUGUGGCGUUCCCCGAUCUAGCUAAGCCUCUACUAAGCUCAUUAUCCCAAAUUGUGUACAGCGUAUCUUCAAUGACUGAUUUACUAAGACAGCUUAUCGCGAAAAUAGAACAUGGGCCAGUUCUGCAAAAUGCUCUGGCUUCUUUACUAGAAUACCCUAAUGCUAUCCCCAAUAAAGAUGCAAGAGAAAAGCACCUCAAUAGAUUUGUUUCGGCGAACUUCAUGCAACUAUUGAAUAAAAACCCAACCGCAGCGAAUGAAGAUAUCUUCCAAGCAGAAAGGAAAUGCUUAGAGGUAUUAAAAAUGAACUUAUCCGAAAUCAGUAUGAGCUGCAUGGCAUCAGAACGGAUUGAUGAGGUUACAACAAACGCUGUAUUGACCACAUUCAACGCGCUUACCAAAGCUUGGGAGAAGCAGAGACAAGACAUUGAAAAGAAGAAACAAGAUGAUGAGGCUUUAUAUGUUACCAAGUCAAAAUGCGAAGACGAAGAUGAGGAAGCCAUCGCGUAUGAAGAAAUAACGGAAAUGUUCCCAUCUUACUCUGAAUCAGAUUUCGGAGAGUUUAAGCCACCAACACUCGAACAGAGGAAAAUUAAAGCACCUACAGAAAAACCGAAACACUUGAUCACCCCUGAUGACGUGUCUCUCAUUUACAAGUGGCAUUCCAACUUUGUUCGUAACACGACCAGGGCUGAAUGGUUACCCAGCCCAAAGAAGUUGGUAGGGUGUGAUGUACUCAGCCCGUUGUUGCUGCGGUAUCCAACAUUUAGCAGUGUAAUCCAGGAGGCUUGGGAAGCUUUGGACGCCGACUUUGAGGGCAGAAUAUCACCGAGCUUUCUGGUUAUAGUCUCGCAUAUAAAGGAGAAAGUGGAUGGCAAUGAUGCAACAAAUCAGAAACCAGAUUUCUACCAUUCCCCAUGGGUUUCUGAGACAAGAGAAUGUGUCCCAUUAUUACAUAAAGUCAAGGAGAGUACUAAUGCAAUGCUUGAACAGUGGCCUGAUUUCCCUACACUUAAAGAGAUUUUAAUAAUAGUGGACAGGAUACUUAGCUUCCCAAUCACUAGCCCUGUGUCCCGGUUUUUGACGGGCCUGGAAUUACUCCGGGAUAAAAUCGAAGAAUGGAACAAGAACGCCCACAAGGGAAACAAUAUGAUAGACAUUUCUCUAGCCGUAGGCCAGCAAAUUAUUAACUGGAGAAAAUUAGAAAUGAACAAUUGGAAAGAGUGCCUUAAUAAUUUGUAUCAAAGAAAACAGUCGGAGGCCCACAAAUACUGGUUCUACAUGUAUGGAGCAGUAAACUCCUACUUGGAACCAAAUCAAGACGAACUGGUAUCGUCGUCGAGGAUCAUCUCAGUGCUAAAAGACUUCAUGGAAACAUCCAAUCUCGCUGAGUUUGAAGUCAGGCUGGACAUAGUUUAUGUGUACCAUUGUCACUUGGUACAUUUGGAACGUAGUGAGAGACGAGAUGAGCUUAUAUCCAUACUAUGGAACACAUAUAAUUACUACGCACAAUUUUCGCCGCAAGUGGCUGCCCAAAUUAAAGAGAAGCGAGCGCCUAUAGAGAAGAAGUUAAAGGAUUUCGUCAAGAUUUGCACCUGGGACCGCGACCUUAGCUACUGGAGUGUCAAGGACACAGUAGAAAAGGCUCAUAAGGCCCUUCACAAGCAUACAAAAGAGUUUGAGAAAGUCCUAAAGGAAAGUGUAGUGAACUAUCUAGUGGACAAUUCGAGUGAAGUCGGGGCAGAUCACGUGGGCAUAUGGGACCGCCCGAAGAGAGCCACUAGUGCCAACGUCCCUACUGGCGGCGCCUAUAUGAUUGAUCCCCAAAUACAUAUUGUAUUGGCUCGGAAUAUUAAGAAAUACACUGACCAAACAGAACAGCCAUGCCCAAUAAUAUCAGACGUCAGUCUUUUAUCCAAGAUACCAAGCUUGCUGAACAAAGCCAAGACGUUAUGCAAAGAUACCAUCACAAAUACUGGAUACCCUUCUUUGGUGCAAGCAUUGGAUGAUUUUGUUACACUGGUAAUCGAGAGUAGUGCACAUUUAGGAUCUUUAGAGGUUGACGCAACAGCAGCCAAAGAGAAGCAAACGUCCCAAGCGAAGAACAUCGUCCAACAAAAGCGCAAAGCCCUCGCAGACUUAUUCAAGUACCUCAGCAAAAUGGGCCUCAACUAUCGAACCGGAUUAGUUAUACUAUCUGCCUCUGAAGAGCUGUACGACUUUACAAUACCGCCAGUUGACUUGGACGCGGCUAUGAAGUAUUUGAAGAGCAGACGGUGCGACCCUACACUAACACUUCUAUGGUCCGGCUGUGAGAAAUAUUUCCAGAAGAAUAUUGCUCGGCAUAGGUUGUUUAGCACUGCGUUACAGACACCACACAGUGAUCUGGGCAUGCAAAACAUUGAACGGUGCAAAGGUUUUGCUGCACAAUUACUGAAAAUCACAAAUACUCAAAAGAAGUCCAUAUCCAAAUACGCAAGAAACAUUUACGACUUACGCCAAGUGACCACAAAUCUAACUAAUGCUCUUGAAGCUGACAUUAGCGACACUAAUAUUUCAACUAUUAAAGAAAAGCUUGAUAUUUUAAUGGAAUGUUACGCCCAUACCAGCAUUCUAUUAGAUCAACUUAGUAUCGUACUCAAAUCUAUACCAGAAGAUGCUCUGAAUACUGAUUCCAUACCAGAAUUCGAUCUAGUAUUAUCAGAUUCACCUUUGGCACGUUGUUUCCUAAACAGUGAUGAAUGGCGCGAACUUUAUAACAAAAUAAAAGCCAUUAUAUCAGUCGUAGAUAAGCAAAAGGCAGCAUUACAAAAACUUGCCAAUUCAUCACCUAAACAUAUAGGUGAAAUGAACAAUUUACCAAACGUUUCUCAAAGUCAUAUCGACGUAACUAGCGAUGCUAAACGAAAUUUGCACGACCUGAUUGAGAAAAUCGGAGGUAUUUUACAGGAAUAUCAAUUCAAAUUUAGGACAAAUAUCGUUGAAGAUUUUAACCCCCAACACCCAGUUUUAAGAUGUGUUGAAAAUUUGAUCCAAUAUUUGAAAAACACAACUAAAGAACUUGAUAAGUUGGAUGAAGUUAAAGACCAAGAAAUGAACGAAGAUUCGUCUGACGCACUAAUCGCACAAACAGAGGAUAUUGUAGCGACAAUGUUGCUUAUAAUUCAAUCGUUAUACAAAAAACAUUUACCAAUCGAUAAAAGUACAGACAACAUCGAUGUUUUGAAUGCAAUCGAUGAAAUUAUCGAUGAAGGUAACAAGGAAAAAGAGGAAUCGAAAGAAAUAUUAGAAGACAAGCAUUUAAAAGAAUUGUUGCAAGAAAAGUUAUCGAUUGACUCUAAAUUGUUGCAGCUUGAUACUCUGAUAAGCAAAAUUCGUUCUUUAUUAGGCAACUAUGUGCAAUGUAUCGCAACAAGAACUGACACAGAGAAUAUAAAAAAUGCAGUAAUAAGAUUGGUGCCAAUAUUGGAACAAACUGUGUUGUUUGUCCAAUACUUUUUGUCACAGAAAGUAGCGGUGCACAGAAUUUCUUGUAAGAUGCUUUCAGUUUUGUUGAAGAUAUUUUCGGAUUUGGCCACUAAAGGAUUUUGCAAGCCCUCCGGGUUGGAUACGGAAGAAGGCGAGGGUGACGGUGGUCCCGGAAAGCUUUCUAGUGGAAUGGGGCUUGGUGAAGGAGAAGGACAAAAAGAUGUUUCAGACAGGAUUGAGAAUCAGGAUCAACUAGACGAUGCACAUCGUCCUGGUGAAGAGAAGAAUGAAGAAGAUAGAGAUUGCAAAGAAGAAGAAAAGGGAGUUAAUAUGACUGAUGAUUUUGACUCCCAUCUCCAAGAUGUUGAACGGAAAGAAGGAGAUGAAUCGGAUCAAGAUAAUGAAGAUGAUGAUCCAGAUAAGCAAAUGGGUGAAACUGACAAUGCUGCUGAAAAACUAGAUCAACAAAUAUGGGGCUCCGAGGACGAAGAUGAUUUAGAGGAAGAGUCUGGUCAGAAAGAGAAGGAAGAGCAUGGCAAGGGCGAAAGCACGGGCGAGAAAGAGAAGGCUGCCAAAGAACAAGAACAGGGUCAGGACGAUGGUACAGAGGGCAAGGAGAAACAAAAGAAGAAAGAUGUCAAUGAAUUGAACGAACCUGAAGUUGAUGAUGACCAUAUCGAUCCAUACCACGGUAACCAACAACAGUUGCCGGAACCAGAAGAUUUUGAACUUCCCGAUAAUAUGGAGAUCGAUGGCGAAGAAGGAGAUGAUGAUAAGGAUGGCGAAACCGAAACUGAAAAUCCGUUUGAAAUAGAUGCAAUGAAAGAAGCUAUUCAAGAGGAGGAAGAUAAAUCUAAGGAAAAAGAGGAAAAGGAUAAUAAAAAUGGUCUAGAUGUUUCUAGUGACGAAGAAGAGGGAGAAGAUAAAGGAGAUGUAAAUGACGAACAGAACAAUGAAGAUGCUGAGCACAAAGAAGGUGACAAUGAAAAUGAAUGCAAAGAAAAUCAAGAUGACACUCCUAAUGAAGAAAAAGAUGAUCCAAACGCUCAACCAGACCUAGAUAAUCCAGAAACAGAUAAUCGUGAACCUGAAUUACAGGAAGAAAAUGAUUCAAAAGAAGACGAAAACCUGCCAAAGAACGAAGAUAAAAUAAACGAAGAGGAAAAAAUACAGGAAAAGGAACACGAAGCUAAUCCUCAGGCAAAUCCUUCCAACAAUGAUCCGACGGCAGAGGAGAAAGUGGAAAAUGCUGACAUGGAGAGAGGCACUAAUGAUAAUGUUCAGACGAACACAGAACAGGCUCAGGAUGACGAAGCUGAACCUUUCGAGCAAGCGCAAGAACAAGUGGGGGAGGAUAUCCAAUCAACUGGGAGGUCGGAAUUGGAUAAAAGUGAAAAAGGGCAUCGCGGAAACAAGGACGCUACCAGAGCUGAGACCGCUCAAGACAAAGAACAGAAACGGUUCCAGAAUAAACCUGGCAGAACUGACCAUGAGCGGACUUUGGGUGACGUAAAUGAAAGGAAACAUAAGAAAGCUCACACUCUAAAUGUGGAACAAGAGGAGGCGGAGAACGAAGGAGGCGACGCGGACAAGAGCCAAGACGACCAAGCGGACGCCUACCAACACGUUAAACAGGCCAAGAAAGAGGAUCUACAGGUGGUUGAUGCCGCUACAAAGGAACAAGCGGACCAACAGCCAACUUUGCAACAAGAAGAAGAAGAAGGGGAGAAAUUGAAGGAAGACGAAGAAGUUGCGAUGGAUGUGGAUGAAGACGAUAUUCAGGUCGAUAAGGCAGAAGAAUUGAAGUCCGAGAAGAACAAAACCGGCCAGGAUAAAGAUCAAGACAAAACCGGUAACAAGAAGGAAGGUGGUGAUGAAGCUACCGGUGAAACUGGUAUUGAAGUCGAGGGUGAUAUUGUAUUGACUACUACCGUGCCGCGAGGACGAGACACUACUUAUCAUACUAGACUCGAAGAAUCAAGCCAGCAAGUCGACGAUAUAACAAUGGAGCAGUACUUGAGCCUCAGGCAGUGGUUGGAGCGCGGCGCGGUGGCCGGCAGCGGCGCGUCCGCGGCCGCGUGGCGCGCCGUGUGGAGCGAGUGCGCCAAUGCUGCGCGUGCGCUGUGCGAGCGACUGAGGCUGGUGCUGGAGCCCACUGGACGAUCGCGACGAGCCGGCGAUUUCCGCACCGGCCGCGCGAUCAACAUGCGCCGCGUGAUCCCGUACAUCGCGUCGCACUUCCGCAAGGAUCGCAUCUGGUUGCGACGCACCAAACCUGCCAAGCGCGAGUACAAAAUCGCCAUAGCGAUCGACGACUCCAGUUCGAUGGCUGACAAUAGGAGCAAGGAAUUGGCUUUCGAGAGCUUGGCUUUAGUCUCUCAGGCAUUAAAUCUACUAGAAUCAGGAGACCUGGCGGUACUAAGUUUCGGCGAAAAACCGAACCUUUUGCACCCAUUCACCGAACAAUUCUCUGAACAUUCGGGCUCCAAAAUACUUGAACAACUGCGAUUUGAUCAAACCAAGACCAAAAUAGCACAGUUGCUAGAUUUUUGCACGGUCAUGUUUGACCAACAUUCGAUAAGGAGUGACGCGUUGAAUGCCAAACUGUUGGUGAUAGUCAGUGAUGGGAGAGGGAUAUUCUCGGAGGGAGAAACUAGGGUGUUGCAAGCUGUGAGGAGAGCAAGACAACAAGGGAUAUUUUUGGUUUACGUCAUCAUAGACAACCCUGAUAAUAAGGACUCCAUAAUGGACAUAAGGCGGCCUAUUCUGGACCCAGUGACUAACACUCUGUUAGGAUUUGUACCAUAUUUGGACACAUUCCCGUUUCCGUUCUACCUCAUAUUACGGAAUAUGAAUGCGUUGCCGACCGUCCUAGGCGACGCAUUGAGACAAUGGUUUGAAUUGGCUGCAAAUACUAGUUAAAAAUUAAAUAUUGAGUUUUUGAGUGCAAAAAAUUAGAUCGAAUUAGAAGAAAAAUAUUGAUUUUUACACGUGUGUAUAAAAAAUGGAAGAUGCAAUAAUAUUUGAUAUAUUAUAAGUAUAGAUUAUGUUAUAGUUUUUCGGUUUUUCUAAAUGAGAGUAUUAUAAGACAAAGCUAUCAUGUAUUAUCAUAUAAAAAGUAAAGAAUAACAUUUAGGUUAUCAUGAGUGAAUAUUUUUAGUACUUAAGUUGUGAUAUACUUAUAAAGAAAUAAAUUUAUUAUUUGUGCAA